AUGUCAUCAGGCCUUACAGAGGAACAACAGAGAAGAAUUGAAGAGAACCGCCAGAAGGCUUUGGCUAGGAGAGCAGAGAGGCUAGCAGCCCAGAGAGGUGGGCAGGUGGGGAUUGCUGGACCUCAGGCGAAAGAACAGAGUCCAGGCAAUCGCGGAAACUUGAAGCAAGAAAGCAAUCAUGUUGGGUUCAUUACCCAGCACCAACAGAAUCCAAACAGUCCUGUGGAGCAGAAGAGCUGUCUUCAGAAGGAUUAUAAUCAUUACACUGCAAACCAACAGAUGGCUGGUUCACAUGGAGAGCAACAAAAGAAUUGUUCAGAGGACUCGGAACAAGCAAGUGGCAUUAAGCAGUGCCCUACAACGAUCCCAAAUUCUCUGAGUUAUUCCCAUAAACAUUGCUUGGAUGCUGGUGAUCAAGAACAGGGACAACAAGCUUUAAUUAAUCUUGGUACAUUCCAGCAGCCCAAGUGCUACCCAGCUUUCAAAAGCCCUACAGAACCAUCUCAUCCUAGAUUAAUUGACAAUGAGUACCCUGGUGGUACUAAAGACUUACAAAGUCAGAACAAAUCUGCCAUAAAAUAUGUUUCACCACCAAGCAGCGCUACCCCGAGUGAUUCAGAAAUGCUGAUAAACGCAAGCAGACCAAUGGAAAGAGAAGGGGGAGGUGGUGUCUGUCAGGCCAGUAGUAGGAUGCUGAAGCUGACCAGCUCUGCUGGUGCAGGCUCUACCUUUGAUUCUGCCUCUUGCAAGAAAGCAAAUAGUGUUACAAAAGGAAAAUGUGUGAAAUAUGGGGAAGACCGAUUCCAGGUUGAAAUAGGGUAUAAUGCUGAGCUUAUUGCUGUGUUUAAGAAGAUACCAAGCAAAAGCUAUGAUCCUGCUAUGAAAAAGUGGAAUUUCAGCAUGGAAGAUUAUAGCAUUUUCAUGAAAGCAGCAAAUCAACUUUCGUCAGUAAUUCUGGCACCACUGGAAGGAGAAAAUGUAGUUGACUUGGCAUCAGGCGCUCAUGUCAUUGGCAGUAGUGUUGAUGUGAAAUCCCUCUUGAAGAUGUGUAAGAACUGGAAGAAACCCUCAGCCCUUGUCAAAGGGAAGUGCGUGCUGAUCUCUCGCUUGCGGUUUGAGGUUGAUAUUGGGUAUUCUGCAGAAAUUAUUGGACUGUUCAAACAGAUGGAUUCCAGAAACUAUGAUAUGAACACCAGAAAGUGGAAUUUCCUGCUGGAGGACUAUCCCAAACUAAUGGAAAUGUUACAGAGCCUUGUGUCAAUAGAAGUGGAGCCACUGCCCGAGGCAGUAAUACAAACCUUUGCUGCUCAAAUGCAGAGAUCUGCACCACAGACAGACAUUCCUGAUGCUGACCUUUCAGUAGUGGACUCCAAAAUUGUGACGAGCCUCAUGCCCUUUCAGCGGGAAGGUGUGAAUUUCGCAAUUCUAAGAAAUGGACGUUUACUUCUUGCGGAUGACAUGGGCUUGGGCAAGACCAUACAGGCGAUCUGCAUUGCUGCGUAUUACCAAAAGGAAUGGCCCUUGCUGGUGGUGACUCCUUCUUCUGUGAGGUUUACGUGGGCAGAGGCAUUUCACAGGUGGCUUCCAUCCUUGAGUCCAGGUAGCACCAAUGUUAUAGUGACUGGCAAAGACAACCUAACAGCAAGCUUGAUCAACAUUGUCAGCUUUGACCUCCUCAGCAAGAUGGACAAGCAACUUAAGAGCACUUUCCAAGUAGUUAUUAUAGAUGAAUCUCAUUUCCUAAAGAACAUAAAAACUGCACGAUGCCGAGCUGCCAUGCCUCUACUCAAG